AUGGUUGUCCCUUUUAGAACUGUGGUGGUGCUAACAUUUCUUUUGAUGCUAAGAACUGCAUGUUAUGCAGCGGUCGUCAAUCCUGAAACGCAUGUCAACAUCAUCAACUAUUUGCGUUUAGGCGUCGACCUUACGGUUCAUUGUAAAUCUAAGGAUGACGAUCUUGGUGUUCACGUAAUACCCCCUGAUGGAUCAUGGGAAUUCCAGUUUCAACCAAAUUUUUGGAAUUCUACACAAUUUUUUUGCAAAUUUGUUUGGAAUGGCGGAUCUUAUUGGUUUGAUAUAUACAUACAACUGAGAGACAAACCGUACUGCGUGAAGAACUGUGACUGGCUCAUAAUACCGAAUGGUGCAUGCAGGAAAGUUGAAGGGGUGCCUCAUGCGGUAGACAAGUGCUUUCCUUGGAAUCCAUAA